CGAGCAGAAAUAUUGAUGAGGCAUUUUAAAGUAUUAAAGUCGAUAGCUGAUGUAGAUUUGAUACCGUGUCAUACAUCAGUAGGAGGCUUUGCUGCCAAACUGUUUGAAAGUGAGUCAAGUUAUGCAGAAACUUUGACAUGUCCUCGAAAAUGCCCAUCUCGAUUUGUAUCAUUGCCAGUGAUGAGCAUCCGAGAUGAUUCAUUACAUGACAUAGAUCAAGUGUUUGUAGACCAUAUGGGGAAACGUUAUCGGUGCAAUGGUAAUGGAUGUACCGAAAAAACAAUAAACAACAACAUAGUCAUAGGAGACAUUGUUUUUUUCGAGCCGUACGUUCAAAGUGGAGCAGCGGUAAUUAAGCAGCUUGAUGAUCUUUGCAAAGAAUUCACCCGUCCUACUGAUGGAAAGAAAAUGAAAAUCGUGGGGGUAGUGCAUUUCUACCCACCAACGAUUAGUAAACAAAGAAGAGUCAAAUUGAAUGAUAAGAGACAAGACGGCAAAAAAUUGAAAAAUGAUGUGGCAACAGAAAACAAAGAAAACGUAGUCGGAGAAAGUGAUCUUAAAGCGAUCGGUCACUACGUGGCUAUUGGUAGAAGAACUAACGGGUUAUGGGUUAUGUACGAUGAUAGAAAAACUAAAGAAAAACAAGUAAGCAAAAAAUUCCUGGCUGAAAUUUCGCUAUUAGUAUAUGCAGUUGCGAAAUGAAUAAUUAUGAUAUUUUUUGAGGAGGCAUAGAUAAUUACUA